AUGCAGGAUACUGGCAAAGCACAAAGAUACCAGCACAUGUGGACUGGUUUGGAUGGAGCACCUGGGAUGCAUUUUAUCAUAAAGUUGAUCCUCAAGGAAUUGAGAAGGGGCUUAAAAGAAGGAGUCAUCCCCACAAAAUUUCUUAUCAUUGAUGAAGGAUGGCAGAACAAAGUAAUGGCAGUUGAAGCUGACGCUGAUGAGACUGAUUCACCGUAUCAUGCCACGUCUGUGGACAGAUUGACAAGCAUAGAAGAAAGUGAGAAGGUCAAGGGCUUCCGGUCAGGAAAGUCAUAUGCUAAUCUCCGUGAGUUUGCAAAGUUCAUCAAAGAGGAAUAUGGACUGAAAUUAGUAUAUGCGUGGCAUGCUUUAAUUGGUUCGUGGGGAGGGGUACUUCCAACAUCUGAAGAAAUGAGGAAAUACGACCCCUGGAUCAAACACAUAGUUCAGUCCCCUGGAAACGUGAGCCACUUAUCUGUACAACCCUUGGCCCCAUGGAGAAAUAUGGGAUUGGCAUGA